AUGGCUAGCGUCUCCAAAUUUGUGCCGUACAACCACGAGGACCCGUUGAAUUUGGAGUCGCUGCUUUCAGAGGAGGAGAUUGCCGUCCGGGAUACGGCAAAGGAAUAUUGUCAAGAGAAACUGCUUCCACGAGUGUUGGAUGCGUACCGUACAGAAGGUUUCGACGCAAGUAUACUCAAAGAGAUGGGGAGUCUUGGACUUCUUGGUGCAACUAUCAAGGGUUACGGAUGCGCCGGUGUAAGCAGCGUUGCCUAUGGACUCAUUGCCCGAGAGGUGGAGAGAGUCGACUCUGGAUACCGCUCGACGAUGUCUGUUCAGUCCUCGCUCGUUAUGCACCCUAUCAAUACCUUUGGGACAGAGGAGCAAAAGGAGAAAUAUUUACCGCUACUCGCCAAAGGAGAACUGAUAGGCUGCUUCGGUUUGACCGAACCCAAUAAUGGAUCGGACCCCGCCGGAAUGGAAACUACGGCGGUGAAGAAAGGUGAUGGCUACGUUUUGAAUGGAAGCAAGACGUGGAUCACCAACGCUCCCGUUGCGGACCUCUUUGUUGUAUGGGCUCGAUGUCAAUGGGACGGCAAAGUCCGUGGGUUCCUCCUUGAAAAGGGAAUGGAAGGCUUGACAGCCCCAGCCAUCAAGAACAAACUUGCAUUACGGGCCUCGCUCACGGGCUCCAUCUUCCUCGACAACGUUCACGCUCCGUCGACUUCUCUCCUUCCACACGGCUCAGGGCUUGGCGCGCCCUUCUCCUGCCUAAACAAUGCCCGCUACGGAAUUAGCUGGGGUGUCAUGGGCGCACUUGAAGACUGUCUCGACCGUGCACGGACAUAUGCGCUAGAGCGUAAACAGUUCAAGAAACCCAUUGCAAGUUUCCAACUUGUACAGAAGAAGCUGGCGGACGCCCACACAGAGGUUGCGCUCGGCUUGGGUGCGAGUCUGCAAGUUGGCAGACUAAAGGACCAAGGGGCUUGGGCACCGGAAAUGGUCAGCCUCGUCAAGAGGAACAACUGUGGAAAGGCGUUGAUGCAUGCACGGAUACUGUUGGAUGUUCUUGGGGGCAACGCUUGCAGUGAUGAAUACCAUAUCGGCCGGCACGUUGCGAAUUUGCAGGUGGCGAAUACCUACGAGGGUACAUACGAUAUACACACUCUUAUCCUGGGCAAAGCCAUUACGGGAAUCCAAGCAUUCGCAUAG